AUGGGUCUGCUUGCAUUAGGAACGCCAUUGACCUGGGAGGAGACGAAGCCUCUAGCUGAACAUAUUAGGAAUCACGGUAUAACCCAGUUCUUGAAUACCUGGGAUAGGUGGAAGGACAAUACCGGGAAAGGAUUAUUAUGGGGUGAUGAAAUCGAAUAUAUGGUGGCAUCGUUUCACGACAAUGAGAAGAAAGCGGUAUUGAGCUUGAGGCAAACUGAAAUUUUAACAAAACUACAAAGUGUAACGCUUGAUCCUGCUUUAGCCAAAUACAAGCCUGAAGGAUGUAACGCUAUACCAACAUUUCAUCCUGAAUAUGGAAGAUACAUGUUGGAAUCAACGCCUGGAUUUCCAUUUUCAGGUACACCUUCAUCUUUAGUUUCAGUUGAAUCAGAUAUGAGAUUCAGAAGACAAAUCAUUAGAUCACAUUUGAAAGAUCAUGAAUUACCAAUAACUAUAACUGCUUGGCCAAGAUUAGGUGUAUCAAAUGAAUUUUUCACAGAUCCAGAAACGAAACCUGAUUCAGAAAAAUCAAGUUCAAAAUCUGAAUAUGUUGGUGAAUUAUUAACUAAUCCACAUGCUAGAUUUCCUACCCUCACCGCAAAUAUAAGACAAAGAAGGGGCAGUAAAGUGGAUAUCAGAGUUCCUUUAUUCAUAGAUAAACAAACUAUCCUCCCAGACGGUUUGAAAGCUCCCAUAUCAAAUGGUAUAUCCACCCCCGCGAAACCUCUACCUGGAACUCCAUAUAUACACAUGGACGCAAUGGCUUUUGGUAUGGGAUGUUGUUGUCUUCAGAUCACCUUUCAAGCUUGGAACGUGGAUGAAGCUAGAAGAGUUUACGAUGCUCUAGUACCUAUAGCUCCGAUCAUGCUCGCUCUUACAGCUGCAAGUCCAGCUUUCAGAGGUCAAUUAGCAGACGUAGAUGCUAGAUGGAACGUCAUCGCUGCUAGUGUCGAUGAUAGAACGGAGGAAGAAAGAGGUUUAAAGCCUCUCAAAAGCGAUCAGUACAGAGUACCUAAAUCAAGAUAUGAUUCGGUCUCUUUAUAUUUGUCAAAUGAUGAAAGGAAUAAGCCUGAAUAUCAUGAUGUUGAGGCUCCUAUAAACCAGGAAGUGAGAAAGAGACUACUGGAACACGGACUCGAUGAUAAACUCGCUUCUCACGUUGGUCAUCUGUUCAUUCGAGAUCCACUCGUACAAUUCUCCGAAACAAUCGAUCAAGAUGAUGAAGAAUCAAUGGAUCAUUUCGAGAAUAUACAAUCCACAAAUUGGCAAACUAUAAGAUUCAAACCACCUCCUGUAAACUCACCCAUUGGAUGGAGAGUUGAAUUCAGGUCAAUGGAGGUUCAAUUAACAGAUUUCGAAAAUGCUGCUUUCAGUAUUUUCAUCGUUCUUCUCACUAGAGCUAUUAUCAGUUUCGAUUUAAAUUUCUAUAUGCCUAUAUCAAAGGUGGAUGAGAAUAUGCAAAGAGCACAAGAAAGAUCAGCAUCAACGAACCAAUCUUUCUUUUUCAGAAAACAUGUUUUCCCACUGGAUAAACCAUUAGCAAGAUUCGAUCUACAAUCAAGACCUGUUUCACCACCACUUUCCUCACCCACAGCAAACAAUCAUACACAUACGAAUAACCCUUCAUCUUCUUCUCACCAUAUACCUAACGGCUCUCGCUCUUCAUCACGACAUGACAAUAGAAAUGGAAGAAAUGCAAGUCCAUCUUCAUCAACUUGCUCGACUCCGACAGAACCGUACGAUCAAGAUGAAUCACCGGAAAUGACAAUCGAUCAAAUCAUAAAUGGAGAUGGUGAUUCGUUCCCAGGAUUAAUGGGAGUAGUCAAUGCCUAUUUGAACUCACUGAACGUCGACAUAGGAACGAAAUGUGAUUUGAGGAGGUAUUUGGAUUUGAUUAAAUACCGAGCUAAAGGUCAAUUGGUUACCCCUGCUACAUGGAUAAGGAAUUUUAUAAUUACUCAUCCAGCUUAUAAACAAGACUCGGUAGUAUCAGAUGAGAUCAAUUACGAUUUGGUGAAAGCUAUAGAUGAGAUUGAGCGAGGGGUCAAAGCUGCAACAGAGUUAUUGGGUAAAGAUUAUGUCGGUUCAGGUCCAACGGGCUGUCUGUGA